AUGUCUGAUUCACUUGACAUUGAUAUUGAGCGGCUGAUUACAUCAGUCCAAUCACGUGUAGUGCUGUGGGACAAAACAAGUGAAAAGUAUAAAGAUAAAUUUAAGACGCUAGAAGCAUGGAAAGCUGUUUGUACGGAAAUCAUAGACGGCUACGAAGAUUUUGACGAUUCUAAAAAAAAUGAUAUCGAAGCCAAAGAUAUUGCUGAAAAGUUAAAUAUUGAACCAAAAAUGCCUCGUAUUUGUAGCAGUCAAAGAAAUAGAAGCAAUGUACCAUCUAACAACAUUGAAGAAUAUUACAAAAAAUCUAUUUUUAUACCGUACUUGGACGAUUUGAUGAUGGCAUUAAAUGAACGAUUUAUACCUCACAAUGAAACUAUAACUUCAUUACAAUAUGUCUUACCAACUGUUGAAUUUUAUGAAAAUGAUUUACCGGGGCUAAAUGACGUUAUAGAAGCAGAGUACGAAAUUUGGCAAGCUAAGUGGAAGAAUAUUGAAGACAACUUAAGGCCCACAACUGCUAUAGAGGCUUUGAGUGUCUGUGAUAAUUUAAUGUAUCCAAACAUGUAUGAAUUAAUAAAAAUACUAGCUAUAAUACCAGUAUCAACCGCUACAGCUGAGCGCAGCUUUUCGACGUUGAGAAGACUCAAAACGUAUUUAAGAAAUACAACUUCAGAAUCCAGACUAGUGGGACUUGCCCUUUUAGCUAUUCAUAGAGACAUUGACAUACCAGAUGACAUUUUAUUAGAUAAAUUUGCUAACAGUGGCAAAGAAAGAAAUUUAAAUUUGAUUUGA